AUGGGACCUUUCAAACCCUCCUCAAACGGGCACAACUACAUUUUGGUUGCUGUAGACUAUGUGUCCAAAUGGAUUGAAGCCAUCCCCUGCCCAGCCUGUGAUGCUAAGGUUGUUAUCAAACUGUUCAGAACCAUCAUCUUUCCAAGAUAUGGCAUCCCAAGGGUUGUUAUUUCGGAUGGAGGUUCCCAUUUCAUCAACAAGGUGUUUGAGAAGUUGAUGAAGAGUUAUGGAGUCAAGCAUAAGGUUGCUACGCCCUAUCACCCUCAAACCAGUGGGCAAGUUGAGGUCUCCAACAGACAGAUUAAAGGCUAUAUUGGAGAAGACUAUGAGAACAAGGCAGCCCACGACAAACUGAUUCGCCUAAAAGACUUCAAGGUUGGGGACAGUGUGCUCUUGUUUAACUCCAAAUUGGUGUUGUUUCCCGGGAAAUUGAGGUCAAAGUGGUCAGGGCCAUUCAAGAUACAUGAGGUUCUACCCUACGGGUCACUCACUCUGCUCAACCAAGAAGGGAAAGAAUUCACAGUGAAUGGGCAUAGAUGCAAGCCCUACCUAGGAAUGACCCCCACAGAGGAGAUCAUCACUCCUCUUCAAGAUCCAACCCCGGCCUAA